AUGAGUUCCGAGAAACACUUUGCUGGACAGUUAACAAUAAAACAAACUCAACCUUCCCCGUCCACAUCAAAUUCAUUAGCCAAGGCUGCUACAAUACCUUCCGAGUUAAUCCUUCAGAUUUUUAAAUAUGUCAGCUCAAAUGCAGACCUUAAUAGCGACGUGUCUCUUCAAAACCUACUAGACACUUUACAGAGUACACCCCAAACCUUCUCAUACUCUCUUCUCAUCCGCCGUCUGAACUUUUCCUUCAUGGGAGAAAGUGUAGGCGACACGACACUUGCCCGAUUAAGUUCUUGCGAGAGAUUGGAGAGACUUACCCUCGGCGGAUGCAGGAGGUUGACCGAUGCGGGACUUUUAAAAUUAUUGGAAAAAACAGAUGGGUUAGUGGCUUUGGAUGUGUCGGACAUUGAGAAUCUGACGGAUAAGGUAAUAAAGCUGGUGGGUGAACGGUGCAGACGUUUGCAAGGAUUGAACGUGAGCUUAUGCAAAGGAGUCACCGACGCGGGGAUCAUAGAGGUCGCAUCGAGAUGUAGAAGCUUAAGGCGGAUCAAACUGAGUAGUUGUGAAAAUAUCACCGACGAAUCUGUAAUAGUUUUGGCCGAGAAUUGCCAACAUCUGCUCGAACUUGACCUCACCAAUUGUCACCAGAUAACCAACAAAGCCAUUCAACCCGUCUUCGAGAAUUGCACGCAACUACGAGAACUUCGUCUUGCCUGCUGCGCCAAUCUAACGGACGACUCAUUUAUAAAAACGAUACCAUCCAUGUUCGAACAACUACGCGUUCUUGAUCUUGCAUCGUGCGCACUCAUCACCGACCGGACGAUUUACACAAUUGUGCACAGCGCGCCAAAACUACGUAAUCUCGUCUUGGCCAAAUGCGGGAAUAUCACAGACGAAGGGGUUUACCACAUUACAAAAUUGGGACGACACUUGCACUACCUUCACCUGGGUCACUGUUGGCGAAUCACCGACCACUCAAUAACUCACCUGGCUCGUUAUUGUAACCGCCUGAGAUAUCUCGACUUGGCAUGCUGCAAUCAGCUCACAGAUUCGUCCGUCUUUGAACUUUCCAAUCUGCAAAAACUACGUCGAAUCGGUUUGGUCAAGUGUGCUCUCAUAACGGAUCAAGCCAUCUACUCAUUGAUCGGAAAUCGCGUGGUAGCCUACACACUCGAACGCGUUCACUUGUCAUACUGCGUCAACCUCACUAUUGCGGCUGUAUUAGAUCUGGUCAAUUUUUGUUAUCGCUUGACGCAUCUAUCACUUACCGGAGUUCCGGCAUUUCUGAGGCAGGAUGUACAACGUUAUUGCAGGCAACCGCCAAAGGAAUUUACCAUUCAUCAGAGGCAAGUUUUUUGCGUUUUCAGCGGCAAGGGUGUCAAAGAGUUGAAGAAUUACCUCAACCACUGGAUGACUAACCAAAGCCGUCGUGCCGCCGCCGCCGCCCUCGUAGAUGUCGGCGAACAAAAUGUGCCGCAAACAGUGGCAACCGUUGGUGAUAUCGAUGAAUCAGUGGCAUCCGAACCCGAAGGCGCUGGUGGCGAUAUUUCCGAGGGUGGCGAAGGUGAAAACGAUAUCAGUCGAGACCGAGACAACAACAUUAGGCAGAGGAUUCACGACACUAGUCCAGAUGGUGACGACGGUCUUCAUGACUUACAUUGA